AUGCAGACAGUUAUGCAAAAACGUGGUUACUGCAAAAGCCAAAUCACGCGGGCUUACCAAAAUGCAAAUACAUUCAUCGAGAAAACCCACGCAGUGGCAAGUUAUGACACACGAUUGCAACAACUGCAAGAAAACUACCUUCGGUUUCUACAACUCACAGACGAGUUGCACACAUAUAAAGACACUGCGGACUGGGAAGAUCCGGACGUGGAUAUUGAUCCAUAUGAGGAAAAGCACUACGCAACUUACUCGAUGUUGAGUAUUGCGCGGGAGGAGCUGCAAGUGCAAUACGCCAGAUCGCUCAACAACCGUUUUUCUGUAACAGAGGCACGUGAAGGUCACGUAUCACAAACCCACGUGAACUUGCAUGAACGGAUCAAACUACCAACAUUUUCGGGCAAUUAUGAGGACUGGCAACAUUUUUCGGAUAUGUUUGUUGGUUCUAUCGGCAGCGAUCCGCAUCUCACCAGUUGUCAGAAGUUUCACUAUCUGAAAUCUUAUUUGUCUGGCGAAGCGUUUUCGUUGAUUAAACACAUUGCCGUGACCAACGAUAACUAUAGUGAGGCUUGGGACAGGCUGGUUCAACGUUACAAUAAGAGACAUGUAAUCAUUCGUUCCUUCAUUGACAGUUUUCUAAAUCUCCCAACGGCAUCUGUACUCAACUCUGGCGCGAUUCGCAAGCUGGCUGACGGAGCCGAUGAAGUAAUUCGCGGACUAAGAGCAUUAGAGUGUGAGAAUCGAGAUCCCUGGUUAAUUCAUGUGCUACUGGCAAAGGUGGACAACAACACUCGGCAAGCAUGGGCAGAGCACAGUGAAUCUGAGGAUUACACUGUUACACUCCGACGAAUAGCUACUACUCAUCACGUCAACACGGAAACCCAACCAUUGAUCGAGCCAUGCACCCUGUGCCAGCACGCUCAUCCGCUAUCAAGAUGUGAACAAUUCAGAGCACUUGAUGCAGUUGCACGACACGCACACGUGAGGAGUGCCAACUUGUGCUUCAACUGUUUAAGCCCAAACCACAGGAUUGCAACCUGUCCUUCAAAGAAUACAUGUCGAGUAUGUCAAAGAAAGCAUAACACCCUGAUUCAUGCAGCGCAGCAGACGACUGGCCGUGAAUUCAGAGAUAGCGCGGUGCGAGUUCAUCAGCCUGAGAGCCCAGGAUCUAACGAUGAAUCCCCGGCUAUUAUUAGUCAUCAUGUUCAAACUACACGAGGUCAUCAAAUAGCAGUUACAAAGCACAGCAAGAGAGUUUCUCUUCACACCCUGGAGAAUAUUCCGUAUGCAGGUUCGCAAACGCUUUUGCCAACCAUUCUUACAUCAGUGAAAGACGCUCGGAGCAAGACCUUCACUUGCCGAGCUCUACUUGACACUGGGUCUACAGUCUCAUUGGCAACGGAAUCAUUUGUCCAGCGGAUUGGGAUGCGACGCACCCAUGCAAAAGUUCCAGUUCGUGGUCUCGCGGCUAACAGAGCCGGCGUCACCAGAGGACUCGUAAAGUUUCGAAUCUGCUCUUGCAAUUCGGAUCACAACAUUGGGGUCGAGACAUAUAUCCUCAGCACCCUUACCUCAGCUUUCGGCACAGUUGGUGCGGUAGAUGUCAUUUUUGGAUCUGAUCAGCUCUGGAAAUUCUGUACUGGAGAGCAAAGAUCUUUUGGUAACAACGUUCCUAUCGCACUAAAUGCAAUUUUUGGUUGGACUCUUGCAGGUCCAUAUAGUACAUUCGGGGAAAACCAAUCACUGGCAAUCACACAUCAUGUUCACCUGGACCUCGAUUCGCAGGUGCGAUCGUUCAUGGAGAUGGAUAGCAUUCCAUCAAAAACAUCGACAUUGGAGAUAUUUGAUCCGACUGAGCAACACUUUAUCAACACUCACACCCGUUCCCAAACUGGCACGUAUGUAGUAGAAUACCCAUUCAAAGACCCGAUGCCACCAAUUGGCGAAACCCUUCCACAAGCUGUUAGCCGAUUGCAGUCACUAGAACGCAAGUUUUGUCGCGACCCAAGUCUCAAGAGAGAGUAUAUCGCUUUCAUGGACGAGUAUCUGAAGAGCGGUCAUAUGGAAUUACUCAACACACAGCAGUUCGACGAGCAGCCCGACGGUUGUUUCUAUCUGCCGCAUCACGCCGUCUUGAAACCGGAAAGCACAACUACCAAAUGCCGAGUGGUGUUUGAUGGAUCUGGAAAAUAUAGUAGCGGAGUGUCACUCAAUGAGCGUCUUCACAUUGGGCCUCCCAUUCAACGAGAUCUAUUUGGUGUCUGCCUUCGAUUCAGACAACAUCGUUAUGUAUGCUGUUCGGAUAUAGAAAAGAUGUUCCGCAAAAUAGAGGUUGCUCCCCAUCAUACAAACUAUCAACGGAUCAUCUGGCGCAGUUCCACAAUGGACCCUAUUCAGCAUUAUCGAUUGCGUACUGUCACCUACGGAUUAGCGCCUUCACCCUUCUUGGCUGUACGGGUUUUGAAACAAUUGGCCAUAGACUAUGAAGCGAAAUAUCCACUAGCCGCGCGAGUCCUAGCGCGCGAUGCAUACGUGGAUGACAUUCCAACUGGAUGCAAUUCAGUUGGCGAACUUAUGAAAUUAAAAGAUCAACUGAUUUCUUUAUUAGAUGAAGGAAAUUUCAAGUUGAGAAAAUGGAGUUCGAACAGCUGGAGUUUCUUGAAGUCGAUACCAAAAGAAGAUUGUUUACAUGGACAUGCGUCGAUCGAGGACAACGUUAAAAUAUUGGGCAUUCCUUGGAAUCCUGGUCGAGAUGAGUUCUUAGUUAAUACACCGAUGAUUGCAACCAAACAGGCCCCUAGCAAACGGGCGCUAUUAUCGGAUCUGUCAAAAGUCUUCGACCCACUGGGCUUUAUUGCGCCUACCACUGUUUUGUUAAAGCUAAUAUUCCAAGAAUGCUGGUUCAGCGCUAUUAGCUGGGAUGACCCAAUACCGGAAACUCUUCGAAGGCGAUGGCAAGCAAUCAUAAAGGAAUUACCCCUGCUAUCUCACUGCCGAAUUUCACGAUACAUAGCCGCUUCAUCGCCGCACAUUGAACUUUGUGGUUUCGCGGAUGCAUCCACUCAAGCAUAUGGCGCUGUCAUUUAUAGUCGCGUUCGUACAACGAAUGGUUACCGGAGUCGGUUGGUGGCUGCCAAGACCCGAGUAGCCCCGCUUAAGCCUAUCUCUAUUCCCCGUCUUGAACUCAACGCCGCUCUUCUACUUAGCCGAUUACUUAAACUUGUAACAGAAUCUCUAACUAUACCCAUUUCCAGCUCACAUUGCUGGACUGACUUGCACUGGUUAUCAUCGCCACCCCGUCGUUGGAAUACCUAUGUUUGUCAUAGAGUUGCUGAAAUUGUGGAGGACUACCCACGUCGCUGCUGGAACCAUGUUCGCUCUGAAGAGAAUCCUGCUGACUGCGCAUCACGAGGUCUAAGUCCAUCUCAGUUGUUGAAUCAUGAGUUAUGGUGGAACGGACCCUCAUGGAUUACCAAACCACAAUCGGAAUGGCCACUAUCUGAACCACACGGCCAAAGCUUUACUGACAUGGCAACUGAGGAACGACGCCAGCCAAUUACUGUGCUUCAUGGAAUGCUUGAGGACAGCAUUCACGAGUUAUUAAUCAACAAGUUAUCGUCCUGGAGCCGUCUCUUAAGGGUAACCAGCUACUGUUACCGAUUCAUUGAGCGACUUAGGUGCAAAGGUGCACACUCCGAUAAAACAUUCCUUACAUCUGUUGAGUUACAAUCAGCACGAUGCCUACUUCUGCAACACGCACAACGCAAGAGCUUUUCCAAGGACUAUGAAAAGCUUAAUAAACAAGAGCCGCUAUCAAUUAAAUCUCGAUUGAUCCGGUACAGCCCAUUCCUUGACGAGAGAGGAAUUGUACGAGUCGGAGGCCGAAUCGAACGAUCAUCCCUGCACUACAAUGUAAAGCAUCCCAUUCUACUGCCCAAGGAGUCACCGAUCAGCUUGUUAUUAAUUCGACACAUUCAUCAAACACAUUUUCAUACUGGAGUCGAUGCCACAUUCACUAUUCUUCGGCAACAAUAUUGGAUUUUGGGUGCACAGUUCAAGCAACUCCGUGUUUCCAGCAUACUGGCCUAG